AGUCUCGGCCACCUGUGACCACCUCCAAUGCCAUCCCUCCUGCUGUGGUAGCAACCGUCUCAGCCACCAGAGCUCAGUCUCCAGUCAUCACUACGACAGCGGCACAUGCUACUGACUCAGCACUUAGUAGGCCAACUUUGUCUAUCCAGCACCCACCAUCUGCAGCAAUCAGUAUUCAGCGUCCUGCCCAGUCACGAGAUGUCACAACAAGAAUCACACUACCAUCUCACCCUGCAUUAGGGACGCCAAAACAGCAGCUUCAUACAAUGGCUCAGAAAACGAUCUUCAGUACUGGCACCCCAGUGGCUGCAGCCACAGUAGCACCUAUUUUGGCAACCAACACCAUUCCUUCAGCGACUACAGCCGGAUCUGUGUCCCACACGCAGGCUCCCACCAGUACCAUUGUUACCAUGACAGUGCCCUCCCAUUCCUCCCAUGCUACUGCUGUGACCACCUCGAACAUCCCCGUCGCCAAGGUGGUGCCCCAGCAGAUCACACACACUUCUCCUCGGAUCCAGCCGGACUACCCUGCCGAGAGGAGCAGCCUGAUUCCCAUCUCCGGACAUCGGGCCUCUCCCAAUCCUGUGGCCAUGGAAACCCGAAGCGACAACAGACCGUCUGUUCCUGUUCAGUUCCAAUAUUUUUUGCCAACUUACCCUCCUUCUGCAUACCCACUGGCGGCACAUACCUACACCCCAAUCACCAGUUCCGUGUCCACUAUCCGACAGUAUCCAGUUUCAGCUCAGGCUCCAAACUCUGCCAUCACAGCUCAGACUGGCGUGGGGGUAGCGUCUACCGUCCACCUAAACCCCAUGCAGUUGAUGACAGUGGAUGCAUCACAUGCUCGACAUAUUCAAGGGAUCCAGCCAGCACCCAUCAGUACCCAGGGCAUCCAGCCGGCCCCCAUCGGGACCCCAGGGAUACAGCCCGCACCACUUGGCACACAGGGAAUUCACUCAGCAACCCCAAUCAACACACAAGGGCUUCAGCCUGCACCAAUUGGUACUCAGCAGCCUCAGCCGGAAGGAAAGACUUCAGCAGUGGUGUUGGCAGAUGGAGCCACAAUUGUGGCCAACCCUAUUAGCAAUCCAUUCAGUGCUGCUCCAGCAGCAACAACCGUGGUGCAGACCCACAGCCAGAGUGCUAGCACCAACGCUCCCGCCCAGGGCUCGUCGCCGCGGCCAAGCAUACUCCGCAAGAAACCUGCCACAGAUGGAAUGGCGGUUCGGAAAACCCUCAUUCCUCCUCAGCCUCCUGAUGUUGCUAGUCCUCGAGUGGAAAGCUCUAUGCGGAGUACAUCUGGGUCACCUAGGCCUGCAGGUGCCAAACCCAAGUCUGAAAUCCACGUGUCUAUGGCCACUCCCGUCACUGUGUCCAUGGAGACUGUAUCCAAUCAAAAUAAUGAUCAGCCUACCAUUGCCGUCCCUCCAACUGCCCAGCAGCCUCCACCGACCAUUCCAACUAUGAUUGCAGCAGCCAGUCCCCCAUCACAACCAGCCGUUGCCCUUUCAACCAUUCCUGGAGCGGUCCCCAUCACUCCACCCAUCACCACCAUUGCAGCUGCACCACCUCCAUCAGUCACUGUGGGUGGCAGUCUGUCCUCCGUCUUGGGCCCUCCUGUUCCUGAAAUUAAAGUGAAAGAAGAAGUAGAACCAAUGGAUAUCAUGAGGCCAGUUUCUGCAGUUCCUCCGCUGGCUACCAACACUGUGUCUCCAUCUCUCUCAUUGCUGGCAAACAACCUGUCCAUGCCUACAAGUGACCUACCACCUGGUGCCUCCCCAAGGAAGAAGCCUCGAAAGCAACAGCACGUGAUCUCGACAGAAGAAGGUGACAUGAUGGAGACAAACAGCACUGACGAUGAGAAGUCCACUGCCAAGAGUCUUCUGGUGAAGGCUGAGAAGCGCAAGUCUCCUCCCAAGGAGUAUAUUGAUGAGGAAGGUGUGAGGUAUGUCCCAGUGCGUCCAAGACCCCCCAUCACUUUGCUUCGUCACUAUCGGAACCCCUGGAAAGCUGCUUACCACCACUUUCAGAGGUACAGUGACGUCCGGGUCAAAGAGGAGAAGAAAGCUAUGCUGCAGGAAAUAGCUAAUCAGAAAGGAGUAUCCUGUCGUGCUCAAGGCUGGAAAGUUCACCUCUGUGCCGCCCAGUUACUACAGCUGACGAAUCUAGAACAUGAUGUCUAUGAAAGACUUACCAACCUGCAGGAAGGGAUUAUCCCAAAGAAAAAAGCAGCAACCGAUGAUGAUCUCCACCGAAUAAAUGAACUGAUACAGGGAAAUAUGCAGAGGUGUAAACUCGUGAUGGAUCAAAUCAGUGAAGCCAGAGACUCCAUGCUGAAGGUUUUAGAUCAUAAAGACCGCGUCCUGAAGCUUCUGAACAAGAACGGGACUGUCAAAAAAGUGUCCAAAUUGAAGCGAAAGGAAAAAGUCUAGACCCAGAAGAAUCAGGAGUUUGGAAGCAAAUUGAUGAAGAACGAUGGUGGGGGUGGGGGGAGGGUUUUGGUUUUUCCAAAGUGGAACUUUGAAAUAAAGGAAGUGUUCCUUAGUUCACAUGUGAAAGCAGAGGGCCCCGUGACAUCCAGUGGCAUGAAAGGAUCAGAGCUGACUGGACACAGUGAGCCGCCUUCUUGCGUUCGGGGCACCCCUGUUAAACCUGCUCUGUGUCAUAAGUGACUCCGGAUGCGUCAGUGUCCACCAGUUGGAAGCAAUGACAAGGAUGGCUGGCUGGGGUUCUUCAGCCUUCUGGUUCAUAGACUGUAUUUAUCUAGUGGAUUCCUGCAGGCCCCAUACUGAGCCUGGACUGAAAGUAUCCACUCGGACCAUCUGUUAUCUCUCUACACUGAAAAUAAAACCUCUUCCACCCACCCCAUUCGGUUCUUCUGCCUGACCUUCAAAUGCCCACGUUGGCCUUUUACAACAGUGCCACGGCACCAAGCGAGCUGCCGCAUCUCACACUUUAAAGGGUUUGAACUAUUAGCUCUUGUCAUUUUUUUAAAGGAACCAUUCCCAAGUGAAAUUGUUAUAUCGUCUGUCUUGCGUGUGUCAGAAUUGGGUUUUUGUGGAGGUUCAGAGCAGGCAACACCGUAAGGUGCUCUCAGAUCCUUGUUCUGAAGUACAUUCUCUUGGUUCUCUGUACUUCUGUAGCUGGUGUGAUGCUGUUAAUCGUAUGUACCACACAUCUCCAGACGUUAAUAAAGGACUCAAAGAGGUUUUUGUA